UCCUAUCUUCCUUAUCUCAUUUCAGUUUCUGCUGAGCUGCCGGCUGCCAUUACAGUGUGACUCUUGCUGCCUGCCAUUUUGUGGAUACUGUGGGCCGAUUCUCUCACAACCCGCCGUUUCCCAAGCAUCCCCCAAGCACUUUGCCUCCCCAGAGCAGUGAUUGCAUUUGACAUCCUGGGAAAUGCUGUUGAACAAAGUCCCUCUGCGACAAGCGCCUGCAACGCCCUGCGUGUUUUCAAGAAGAACUUUCUUCAACAUCACCACGCCACUAGCGAACAAAAGGAAAGAAUAUUCAGAAAGGAGGAUUAUAGGGUAUUCUAUGCAGGAAAUGUAUGACGUGGUGGCCGUUGUCAGUGAAUACAAGAACUUUGUUCCUUGGUGCAAAAAGUCUGAUGUGCUGUCAAAGCGUUCCGGAUACUGCAAAGCGCGCUUAGAAGUUGGGUUCCCCCCUGUCUUGGAGAAAUACACUUCAGUGGUGACGCUAGUUAGGCCUCACUUGGUUAAGGCAUCCUGUACAGAUGGGAAGCUGUUUAAUCACCUGGAAACUGUGUGGCGCUUCAGUCCAGGGAUCCCUGGCUACCCGAGGACGUGCACCCUGGAUUUUUCAGUUUCGUUUGAGUUUCGCUCUCUUCUGCACUCCCAACUGGCUACCCUGUUCUUUGAUGAAGUUGUCAAGCAGAUGGUUGCUGCAUUCGAAAGAAGAGCAUCCAAGUUGUACGGUCCAGAAACCACCAUACCUCGGGAGCUGAUGUUUCACGAAGUGCAUCACACAUAAGAGGGAAAAUAGUCCUUCAAGUUAUUUGUACAUCUUGUUUAUACAUGAAAUUUAUUUUCAUGUGUGCCUCAAAUCACAUGGGCAUUUGCCAAUUUUGUACAGUGGACUGCUGUACACAAGCAGCACAGGGAAGUGCGUAUGUACAUAAUAUAGAAGCCUCAAUCAAGUGCAAUUUAAGGUGCUGGUAAGUAUGACUGAAGGGCAGCUACACUCUACACCAAAAUUGCCUUCUGCAUCUUGCCAGUUUGUAUAAACGGAUCCAGCACAGGCAGUAUUUCUGCCUUAUUUUUGCAGUGUUUUAUUUACUAUUACCAUCAAGUUUUAAGUUAUUAGUCUUUCUAACUUAUUUAUUUUUACUAUUCACAAACCAAAAGCAGUUUUGCUAGACAAGCAUGUUUCCUGACUUGUGCAUAGUGGCAGUAAGCUCUAGUAGCUGUGCAAAGGAUUGUUUUUAAAUGAUAGCAUAAUUGAGAAUGUUACUGGGUCUUGUGCAGGACCUCCAUAAAUGACUGACAGCUGGUGGAGUUCUAUGCGCACAAUCAUGAAUUCAAGUUAAUGAGAGAAUCUCAUGGACAUGACAGUGUUAGCUCUGAGCAAGGUUAUAAGCAAGUUUUAAAGACAGUUGCACGUUCCAGCAAGGUGAAUGGGGUUGACCUUUUGUAGUACAGUGCCUGAGCAAUAAAAUUCAUGGUACAGCCUUGUUAAAAUAUUUCAAUUGUUCUCAAAUGUGAUGUCUUCAUUCCUAUGAGCCCCUAAGCCUUUGACUCCUCCCUCACACCACUGCAUAUCACACACUCCUCAGCCCCAGCCUGGUGAAAAUGCUUCUCCUUGAAACAGAUGUUUAAGCCAUUAGGCAAUGCUUAAGUUUUAAAAAGCAGCUUUUUAGACAAGGACUGCAGCCAUAGCAGGCUCUACAGAGUCACACAUCCAACAAUUCAAACUGACCUCAGCCUUCGAUUGGAGGGGACUUGGUCCCAAAGCCAGGAACACAUUUCAUUGCAUGUUUAUGAGCUCUAAACAGGGGUGAUGCUCAAACAAAAUCUGGAACUGGAUUGGCAACCACCCUGGGCCAGCAUCUGAACACCCAGCUGGGUCUUUGCGUUUCCUAAAUUUAUGAAUGAAAACGUGCGUCUUGAGGAACGUCUAAGAAACCGGACUGAAAAAAUAUACAAGACUCACGUAUGCUGCUAUAGUGGCUGCAAUGUAUUAUACACUCAUAUUUCUCAACAUACAUAAAAUGCAAUAUACACAAUGCUUAUUAAUAUUUCUAUUCUCAAUAGACUCCCUCGGAAGGAGCGUUGUAAUCACUCCUUAUGUGCUAAACCAGGAAUUUGCACUUAGCUCCAGGGAUAAGAACCUUGCAAAAUAUAAAGGAGGAGGGAAUACCAUUAAUUUGGAGUAAUGGACAUAUGAAGAGCAAGAUUGUUCAUUUUUCAUGAUACGUUGGACUGAGCUGGGUGCAAAUUGUGUUUAGCACGUAAGGAGUGAUUACAACGCUCCUUCCGAGGGAGUCUAUUGAGAAUAGAAAUAUUAAUAAGCACUGUGUAUAUUGCAUUUAUGUAUGUUGAGAAAUAUGAGUGUAUAAUACAUUGCAGCCACUAUAGCAGCAUAUGUGCGUCUUGUAUAUUUUUUCGGUCCGGUUUCUUAGACGUUCCUCUUUGCGUUUCCUCCCUGCAAGGAUGGCUGCAGAGAGGGAGCGUCAAUGUACAUCACUCUGGCACCGCAUACCCCCUUUGAUUUGGUCUAGCAGCUAAGCGGCCCCAAGGCCGGCCAGCACUUUCUCCAGCGGCAGCUUGUGCGCCAUCUCUUUGAAGCCAAAUCUUUUCCUUUCUCCCAAGCUGAAAAACCUUUGCCCAUUCUGACUGCGUGCUUGAGGUUGGGUCCUCCCAGGUUGACAAAUAUUAUAUGAAGGAAUAACAUUCUUCCCCAAUCACGCUGGAGGAGACUGGGCCAGCCAUACCAAAUAAUUCACUAUUGUAGGACUCUGUACUCAGUAGCUAGAACAAUCCAGACUCUUUAUGGGAUUCUGUUGUUAAAUGGUACUAGGCGCAAUGGGGGCACCCUGCUGUAAGGGAGCUCUUCCCGACUUGAACAAGUGAAGGGCACAGGAGAGCCCUUCUAAAAGGCUCCACUCAUCCUCAGCAAGAUUAACGGUCAUUGCCUUUCAAGAAGAGCCGACUUCAAGAAGUAUUAUCUCUCUGCUCGCUGGUAAAAAGGAUUAAUCCAUAUUUUGUGAAUAACUUAAUACCAUCUCAUAGUUUUUGAAUAAUCUUUUAUUACACAAAGUUGUCACAUAAUUGUAUAUUUGUCUACUUUGUACACAUUUUUUCAAUUCAGUUCUGCACACAAUGGCUUCCAGAUUUCAUGGCAAGCACCAAUAAAUUCUGAUUUAAACAGAACUCUGUAAGUACUUCUACUGAUUUAAGGUUAGAGCACAUCGGCACACGGAUCUUGCGCCCAGUGUCAGGAAUGUACAAAUGUCUUUUUAUUCAAAGUACAAAAUAAAUUAUUUGUAAGCAUGGACAA